AAUUUCCUUUUCACUACCGCCUUUCACACUCCACUUUCACGUCGGAAAACUAAUGGCCGGCGAAGUUUCUGAUCAAAUCGACCGGAGAUUCUUCGUCGCCGUACAUGUCGGCGCUGGUUAUCACUCACCGGUUAAUGAAAAAUCUCUCCGAUCUGCCAUGAAAACCGCCUGCCUUGCCGCCGCUUCUAUUCUCCGAACGGGUUCCGGGGGAUGCGUAGAUGCUGUAUCAGCAGCUAUUGAGACCUUGGAGGAUGACCCAUGCACAAAUGCUGGGAGAGGGUCAAAUUUGACAGAGGAUGGUCACGUUGAAUGUGAUGCGAGUAUUAUGGAUGGUAAUUCUGGAGCAUUUGGGGCUGUAGGAGCUGUGCCAGGUGUAAGAAAUGCCAUUAAAAUUGCGGGUCUGCUGAUCAAAGAGCAGAUGUCAAGUUCAUCCCUGCUGGGUCGCAUUCCUCCCAUGUUUUUAGUCGGUGAGGGUGCGCGUGCUUGGGCAAAGUCCAAGGGCGUUGAUAUCCCUGGAACCUUUGAAGAGGUCGAUGAGUGGCUUGUGACAAGAAAGGCAAAAGAACAAUGGAAGAAGUAUAAAGCAAUGCUUGAAGAUGCUAUGGCCAGAGUUUACUCAGGGGAACUAUUAUCUAGGCCUCAACAAAUUGAUAAUGCAUCUGUUGAUUUAAGUCAUAUGGCCGGUGGUGAUCAUGUUACGCAACCUGCACCUGGAGAAGACAGAAUCAUGGAUACUGUAGGAGUUAUAUGUAUCGAUAAGGAAGGAAAUAUAGCAUCUGGAGCUUCUAGUGGUGGCAUUGCACUAAAGGUCAGUGGGCGUGUGGGAUUAGCAGCAACAUAUGGUUCUGGUUGUUGGGCAUCCUCGAAGGGCCAAAUUGACGAUCCUUUAUUAGUUGGUUGCUGUGUUAGUGGUUCCGGAGAAACUCUGAUGAGGAACUUUGUUGCUCGGGAGUGCUGCACAUCUUCAUUAUUGUCUCAUACUGGUCCAGGUGCUGCCUGCUCAAAAGUCUUGGAGUCCAUCAUCAAAGACAGUAGGCGAAAUGGUAGUGAUGGAACUGCAGGAGUUCUGCUUGUCCAAGCCAAGGCUCCCUUAGUUGCAUGUGGAGCAUCAUCACUGUUGAAAUCUGUUGAAAUUGUGGCUAGCUUCACUUCUCUGUCUUUUGGAAUAGGCUAUUUUGAUAAUUCCAUGGAGCAACCAAAGGCUUCCAUCUUGAGGAGGACAAAACAACGGAAUAAUACAGACAUUUGCCAAUAUGCAGCGUUAGUCAACCUCUCUUCCAAGUAGAUAUGGGGUUCAGGCUGGUGUUUUAUGUACAGUUUCGUAAGUUAUACAAAUACAUUUUACUAUUUAACCACCUUAUAUGUCUUAAAAGUUACACAUGCUUGACUAAACAGGUUCUUAUAGUGUAAUGGAUCUUUUCCGUUUUUAAUGAUAGAGUUGGAUUAAUCUUA